AUGGCUAACGAAACGGAGAAGUAUCCGAUAAAUAUCCAGAAGCUAUUUGCAGUAAAACCACCCCUUGUGUAUAAGACGCCGCUAGAUUACCCCGCUGAAUCAAGAUGCACCAAUCAUAUAACAUCCGUAAGUUCAUUUAGAAAUCAAUGGCAGCAAUAUGUGGAUGAUCUAGUUGAAGCAGAGAAAAACCAACCGCCACCGAUAGAGACAAUUCAACAGGUACAAAUAAGGGAAAAGGGGCGUAAGAAACAGGAAUUACAAAAAUCAUAUCAACUACAAUUGAACGAGUGGAACGACCCUGAGUUGUUACAGAAAAAUGAACAGGAAUUCAUGAAGGAUCCAUUCAAGACGGUUUUUAUUUCCAGAUUGGACUAUUUGUUGACAGAGUUGGACAUAUCAAAGAACUUUAGUAAGUAUGGUGUCAUUGAAUCCAUAACUAUUGUAAGAGACAAGAAACUGGGUAAAUCACGGGGCUAUGGGUUUGUAGUUUUUGAACGAGACGAGGACGCCAAAGGUUGCAUUAAGGAAUUAGCCCCCACCGGGUUGAAAAUCCCCGUCGAAAAUAAACCUUUCACUAGAACUAUACUCGUGGAUAUGGAAAGAGGUAGACUAGUAAGAAACUGGAAACCUAGAAGGUUAGGUGGAGGAUUAGGGGGAAGACAUUAUACGAGACCAAGUCCUACUCUCUCCAAUAAUGCCUCAGCAGCAGCAUCAGGUAGAAGAUUGCAUCUAUCAAGCAAUCCAUACCAAAGCACCCCGCUGCAACCAUCACACCUGUCUACAAGGUAUGCUCCUAGGCCUAGCGCCCCUCGACCUAUGGUUGAGAAUAGACAGCCACGUCCAGCCGCGUAUGGUUCUUACAAUAGUCUGGUUGAAAACAACGAAUCGGUUCGUGACAAAUAUGCUAAGUAUUCGAGCAACAACGAUUCAAACUCCUCUAGUUAUCGCUCGCCUAGAACAUCGGGCCAAAAUAGGUCCAUUAGAAGCAUUCGACAACGAGAAUGA